UCGACGAAACCGCCAGGCCCCGCCUUUGUUAUCCGACUUGCGAAAAUAGAAGGAACCAGAAUCUCACCAUCGCUUACGCGUAGUUGCUGGUGACUGUAGAGAGGAUGGGUUGGGUAUGGAGAGACGAGCCAGAGGACGCGGAGGAUUCACUCGCCGGUGAUGCUCUUGAUCGAUCCUCUGGUGACCGCUGCUCCACCAGGAAGAUCGUCAGGUCGCAGUGCAAGACCGAGGAGGUUGAGCCCGGAAGAUUCGUUAGGAAGUGUGAGAAAACUGAAGAGAUUCUCAGAGACUGUAUUGGAAAGCCUGUUGAGGUUCUGCAAUCAAACAGAGAGUAUACUGAAGAUGAUGUCACAGAUAUGGUGGUCAAUGGUUCUUCUCCCUUUGGGAGGUCCAGAGACAGGCCAUUUGAUUUCCCUGGGCUACGGAAUGAUAUUGAAGCAAUUGAGCGCCACUUUUCUGGUGCCUAAAAAAUUUCUUCGAUGCAGCUGAGAGAUGAGAUAGCAUUUUUGGUAUCUUUGCUGAC